UUUCAGUUUUUGAUAGAAGGCACCGCUACACAGUUAAAUAGCACAAAACACUUUCACGGACCAAAUUUUUUUUUGCGCUACGAACGGCUAGUUCGAUUCAUAUUUCUUUUCACUUUUAAACGCGAAUAAUAAGUAAAUUUGGGAGUAAUCGUUUGUUUUGGCUUGUCGUUGUGCUGAGUGCUGAGUAACUCAUUUGCUGAAAGCAGCCUGUGCAGGGAUUUUGACUCAAUUUUGAUGAUAUGGUUGGAGAGAAGAGACUUCCUGGAUUGGCAAGCAGCUGGCAGCCCAGCUUGGGACAGAAAAUUUACGACGGAAAGAUUCAAGAAGUCAAAGAUGUGAUCGAAAAGGAUAGGUCAGCUGCGACAAAGCCCGACGAGAGCGGUCGAGCAGCGAUACAUUGGGCAUGUUCAGGCGGGCAUAAAGAAUUUGUGGAGUAUUUGGUUAAUCUCGGCGUUCCCAUCGACGAGCCUGAUCAGAAUGGUUGGACGCCAUUGCUGAUUAGCGUUGCGUCCGGAAAGGAGGAGUUAGUUCGCUACCUGGUCUCCAAAGGGGCCAACAUCCGGCAGACGAAUGAUACUGGUCAGCAGCCGAUCCACUACGCAGCCUCCAAGGAUAAGCUCCCUAUCGCUGAGCUUCUUUUGGAACUGGGUGCACAUUUGAACGUGAAGGAUAAUUCCGGUAGCACACCUCUUCAUCGGGCUGCUUCCCAGGGCCACAGCCGCAUAUGCCGGUUUUUGAUACACAACGGAGCAACGGUUAACGCCGUUGAUAAUUUCGGGAACACGCCAUUACACGUAGCUUGUGAAUCCCAAAAUCCAGAUGUUGCGCGAAUACUGGCAGAAAAUGGCGCGUCAGUUGAAAUGAAAAACAAGGAUGAAAAAACACCACUGGAUUUCUGUGAUAAGCAGUUGAGCAAUUUGUUAUCGCGGCUCACCGCUGGCUAACCAUAAGCUGCAAAAGCGAGGCUGUGCAGUAAAAUCAUUGCUUCGUAUUAGAAAAACGCAUGCGAGUGCAAAAAGAAUGGAAGCCACAAUCUCAUCAAAGGUCCAAACCCAGAUCCCACAAUUAAAAAUAAAUAAAAACGCUAAAAGUAAAUGAUAAAGUACUAUACUCGUAGUUCAAUAUCCAUCCUCUCUUUUUCUAUCCCUAUUGAGUAUCCUCACAGCUCCAUUUUUCGGUUUUUGAUUUCUUGCCAUUCUUUGUCUUUCCCUUCUAGCUCUUCUUGCUUCCAUUUUUUAACUUUUUGCCGACCCUCUUCUCGUUCUUGCUCUUUCUCUUCUUCGGUUGUCACAGGGCGAUCACCGUACGGCUGCCAUUUCUCGUCCAAACACGCUGGAUAAAUUGAAAUGCUUUA